AUGGAGCUCCUUGAGACGUCGAUUAAGGCGCUCGAAAUUGCGAACCUCGCAGCGGACAAAAUUCCCAUCCCGGGGCUCAGUACCGCCGUUGGCUGCGCACUCAGUAUCGCGAAGAAAGCAAAGGAUAUUAAAGACACUCGGGAUGACUGCCGCGCUCUCGCCAAGCGUGUUGCGGACUUCGUACUUGCAGUAUACCAGCAGCUCAGAAAUGGGAGCAGCGACACGGGGCUCAAGGAGUAUGUCACGAUGUUCCUGCUGAACCUACAAGACAUUGAGAAUUUGAUGGACCGCCGCCUACGCCCCAGAACGCGAGAUCGCAUUCGCUUUGUGUUCAGCCGUGACAAGAUCGCCGAUGAGGUCAAGGUGCUGACCAUGAGGCUCGAGGACUCCUUCCGUAUGUUCAUGAUGCGGGCUGCACUCACCAUUGACGACAGCAUGAACACGCUGACGAGCGGGAAUCUCCGUCUAAUGCAGCACAUCGACGACUCAGCACGCGUCGGAGAAAUUGUUGUCAGAGACACCGGAGAGAUCCGCACUGGCCUGUCAGACCUCACGCAACGCGUGAGAGGGAGUGCCGCAUUUGAUGGAAAUUUCCGGCUCUUCGCUCACGAGAAUCUGGCCUACUUAGAGCCCAUCGGCGACUCAGCAAAGCUGCAUCAUGACAUGACCGGGCGACACGGAGAUGAACGUACCCUUGUCAAGGUGGUCGCUCGCUCGCAGACCGGCCGCGUCUUCCGCUACCGCGCCGUCGUGGAGGCCGCGGGUGACCUGACAGGAACACAGGUGGUCGUAUACGAAUAUCCUGAUCGCAAAAGUCAGCAGUUUGUGGAGGCAGUGAACCUUGCGAGGCAAUCCCGCCGCCAUCCUAAUUUGCUGGCUAUGCUAGGAUACUCGCGUCCAGGAGAUCCAGACCAGGUCGCUUACAUUGUGAUGGAAGCUCAGGCCCGAGCAUAUUUCACUGAGACUACCAUCACGAUGAGCGCGCAUGCCACUGAGCAGGUAUACCCACCACUUUGGUUCUUCAUUUUGCAAUUCGACGGCGGUGACAGUUCCGCUCACGACUGCAAUAUUCCCACCGGAUUCUGGUCGUCGGAGAAGUAUCCCACCUCCGUGCCGGCAGGUAUCAUCUUCGAUUCGACACCACAGUUUGAGCCCAUUGAGGAGGGCGUGGAGGCCCCACUGUUCACUUCGACGCAAGUGCUUGGAGACCUCGUAUUCACCACACAGACAAAGAUGGCCACCGAAUUUCUGCAGCUCGGUGAAGACGAGCUCUUUGCAUUCAGAGAGUACCAAGAGAGCCAUCAUACGACUAGUGACACCCAUGCUAGCAACUCGGAUGACUCUGGUGGAAAUAGUGUCGCAACGGACAAUAGCGAUGGAGAUGGCACCGGAAACUCUGACGCCGAAUCCCUCGCAUCGGGCUCCAGCAACGAUGAUCACGUCCUCGGGGUGAAACACAAGUCUCCGGAGUCGGACUAUGAGGACGCGACGGACGCGGGAGACGAUAGCGCGGAAGAGUAUCACAGUGCAGAAGAGGACGAAGCCACGGGACUUGCAUGUGGCGAGUAUCCGUCUUGA